AGACACCGGCUUGUGCUGCAUUCAAGCAAGGAAGCAUUACAGCAGCCUGUGUGCUCAGCUGGUGGGGAUGCCCACUGUGGCCGGGCAGGAUGCGGCCAGCCUGCGGGGGCACCUCCCCCCGCUGCCUCAGGAGCACCAGUGGAAAGGAGCUGCCUUGCUCCCAAGCCCCUUGCUUUCUUCCCCGCUGCCUCCACUUUGCUGCAGCCACUCACCUCACCCCUACACAAAACCCAGGGCUCUUCCCUUCUCCUCCUCGCGCCUGCCUCUCCGGCUUUAUUGUCAUCAGCCAUACCAGGCAGGGGAGAGAUGGAGGGAGGGGAGGAGGUGUUUGGCUCAGUGCCUCCUGUCAUAACCUGUGCCUGACCAAUCUGCCUCCCGAGGGGCUGUGAGGAGCUCCCCCCGCUCUGGCAUCUCCUCACCCCUCCUUGAGCCCUUCAGCUCCCGGCACCAGAGAGGGAUGGUGGCAAGGGGGAGAGGAGGGAGAGAGAAGGACUAACAGAAACUGCCCUUUCUCCAGGAUGGGUUAAGAAAAAUGAAAACCUCCUGAGCUCUGUCCUCUGGGUGUUUCGGAGCAGAUCUUGCCUGCCUGACGGGGUGACUCCUCUGCACUGUCUGUGCGCGCUCCUGUGCGUGUGCUGCUGCCAUCGCAGAUGUACCCCCAGCUGUCACUUCGCUGCGCGCAGUCGCUCCCUCUCCCGCCUCUCUCUCUCUUUCCCUCUCCCUCUAUUUAUUAUUUACGGAGGAUUAUAGUCCCUUUCCCACGCUGCCAUCUCACUGCACGGCUCCUCUGCCCUGCACACAGGGCAAGCGGCUGGCUAAGAGGGGCUCCUGCCAGCUAGGGUCCACCAAGAGCCCAGCUGGCAACGGAGGGACUUUCUGCUGGAUUUGUUUUGGGAUUGUACUGGGUUUGCUGGAAGAGCUGCUGUUCUCACAGGAGGGUCCAUCCCAGCCCGAGAGAGCAAGAAGAAAAGGCCAUCACCAGCCCCACAGGCUACUCUGUUCAGUUCUCCUGAAUCUGGAAAAGGGAUUCAACUCCAGGCACAUGGAAGAAAGCUCUGGACACUGUGUCCCAUGGAUCACAGGGCAUUCGGCUGACAUCUUGCUCCAGGGAGAAGGAACCAUCUAGGAGUUAAAUAGAGCACACGGAAAGCCUGCUGCCGGGGAGUGAAAGUCAAGGAGGGAGAGGGAAGGAAGAGGCUGUAAUCGGGCACUGCCCAGGGAGUCGGGUGGAAGAGGCUGUGGGCAGAGACCUCCAGGAUCUGGCAGGCAGGCUACAAGGUCAUUCCUCCUCCCUUUGGGACCGUGUGCCAGGCUGGCUGGUGGAUGUGAAGACACGCUGGAGAAGACAACAAUGCUGCCUACAACUGCUGGCCACCAGUGGAGGAGCAGGUUCCUCAUGAGAUGGCAAGAGGCUUGUCUCCUUGGCUGUUGGCUGUCGCUAUGCGCCGCUGAGUCCUUCUUUGCUUGUCCUUCCUCCUGCAAGUGCAACAGUGGCAACUUGGAAGUGGACUGUAGUGGCUUGGGCCUCUCUUCCAUCCCCUCAGACAUCCCCACAAACACCAGGACCUUCCUCUUUCUCAACAACAAACUCAGCAUCCUGCCCGGAGCAGUGUUUUCCAACCUCUCUGCCCUACAGAGGCUGGAUCUAUCCAACAACUUCUUGGACCAGCUCCCUCAGAACAUCUUCAGCGACCUGGGGAACCUCACAGAGCUCCAGCUGAGGAACAAUAGCAUCCGGGCCUUGGACAAGGACCUGCUACAACACACAGCUCUGCUGCGCCAGCUGGAUCUCUCCAUCAAUGGCCUGGCCCAGAUACCCUCGGGCAUCUUUGAUGACCUGCCUGCUCUCCGCUCCCUCUCUCUCAGGUCCAACCGCCUGCAGAGCCUGGACAGGGUGACCUUCGAACCGCUAACCAGCCUGCAGCAACUCCAGGUUGGGGAUAACCCCUGGGAAUGUGACUGCAAUCUCCGAGACUUCAAGCACUGGAUGGAGUGGUUCUCCUACAGAGGUGGGAAAAUCGACCAGCUGGCAUGCACCCUGCCCAAGGAGCUGAAAGGGAAGGAUAUGCGAAUGGUGCCCAUGGAGAUGUUUAACUACUGCUCCCAGCUGGAUGAUGAGAACAGCUCUACAGUGCUGGACAAUACCGGCCCACCCUGCACUAAAGGAAGCCCAACUCCUUCCAAAUCUAAAUCAGGACCAGAAACAGAAGUGGAGCCCAGUGUGGGAUGCCCUCAGAAACAGCGAUAUAGGCCUGUGAGCGUGCGCCGGGCUAUUGGCACUGUGAUCAUCGCAGGGGUGGUUUGCGGCAUUGUUUGCAUCAUGAUGGUGGUAGCAGCUGCUUACGGUUGCAUCUAUGCCUCCCUUAUGGCCAAGUACCACCGGGAGCUAAAGAAAAGGCAGCCACUCAUGGGUGACACAGAAGGUGAACAUGAAGAACAAAAACAAAUCUCUUCUGUGGCAUGAAACUCUUCUAGGAAGGAAGGGACAGCAAUGAACAGAGGUACCUGAGAGCAGUCAAGCAUGGGGUCCUCCCAAAAUACAUCUUCCCAGACAGACAGACAGACUGUGCUAUCGCUCCACUCACCCAAGUAGUGCAACAUGCUUCUGGGGGGUCAGGGAAUUUCUGUUCCCCUGCCCCAGCCCCAUUUUGUGCCCUUUCACCCUUGGGCCCUCCCAGACAAAUAAAGUAGAGUCAGACCUCGA